AUGGACCCCGCGGGGCUGCGCCCGUGCCCGCCGGAUCCCGCCGGAUCGGGCGCGCCGCCGCCGCAGACGGCCGAGGAAUUGAGCGCGAGGGCGGCCGGGAGCGGCGGCGCGUGCGGGGCGGCGGCUCCGGUGGUCGAAUUGGGAGAUAUGAGGGUGGGGAUUUUGGAAUCUUCAGAUCAAAUAAAAGGAUGUUUGCAUCCUGGUAAUACCAAGGAUAUACCUCAAUUUACUGUUGAAGGUGCCAGAAAUUGUGAAUAUGAGGCCCCUUCAUUGCCUCGGGCUGGUCCACUUCUUCAGUUAGAACCUGCUUGCCUGACCUUGGGUCGUUCUUCGGAUGCAGUGUUGGCAGAAAAUUUGCAUGACACUGAUCCUUUAGCACGUGGCAAAGAAAACAUCAGGACAGACUUGCAACGUAAGCCUGAUGCAAAGCAAAGUGAGAAUAGGAUCAGUGAUGCACCCCUUGGAUUGGAUCUUAAUACACUGGAUCCUUCGGAUCCGGCAGAGCUCAAUCCCUUCUUUCCUUACAAGAAGCUGGGGCAGUCGAAAGUUAGUGAUCCAUCAGAAUGUGGUAGUACAACUGGUGCUACCGGAGAAAGUGAGUCCCAUAGAAAGUGGAGAGAAAUGAAGCAGAAUGGCUUCCUUUCUUCAUCCCAUGGAACUGCAGUAGCACCUAAGCCACGAGGUCGACCCCCCAAGCGGAAAAGGGACGAUGAACUCAAGAGGAGCACUUUUACCCAGAAUGAACAAACCAAGUUCACAAAGGUUGCUGCUCCUAGUGGCCUAUUAUCUGGGCUAAAUCCUGGAAUAAUAAACCAUGUAAGAAAUAGCAAGCAAGUGCAUUCCAUAAUAAAGGCAAUGGUACGCUCCGAGGAGCUCGAGAAUGCAUGUCAGCCUGGUUUUGCUAGCCAGCAAGGUGAAAGAGGGAAAGAAGUUUCUGAUAGAAUUCAGGAGCAGAAGUAUGCAGACAGUUUGAUGAAGUGCCAUUUUAUGAUGGAAGGUAAUAAUACAAUGUUUCACCAAGGGCUGCCCACCACAUCGAAGUUCCUCCCAGAGGGUGGUGACAAUCUGAAAUUGCAACUCUCAUCAACAGUCACUAUGGCUUCGGAUGGGACAUGCAGUACUUUAGCCGAUGAUGAAUCUAAACAUGACUACAUGACUGUGCUAUCUGUAAAGGCGGCAAGUGUUGCCUCUCAGUGGCUGGAGCUCCUACAGCAGGAUAUAAGAGGGCGGCUUGCUGCUCUGAAGCGCAGUAGGAAGAGAGUCAGGAACGCUCUUCAAACUGAACUGCCACACCUGAUAUCAACAGAAUUUUCAUCUAACCAAGAGAAUGAACCAUCCAUUGCUGGAGGUGGAUCCACUGGAAAAACAGUUUCAGAAGCACAUAUUGCUCGGUGGAGGUCUCUUUUCGUUCAGAUGGAAAGAACACUGCAGGAGGAGGGGAGGCAAUUGGAAAAUCGGAUGAAGGAAGUGCAAGCAAUGUUACUGAAUUGUGAUAAAGGGCUAACCCAAGUGACCCGUGAGGCUCCAUCACUAGGCCCAAUGGCCGAACUAUGGAAGCUGAAGAGCCCGGAGAUUUCCGAGAGCGAGUGGGCAGUGCAAGCUGCCGCGGCGUCGAUCUACUCGACCUGCAACCUGGUCAUGAAAGCCGAGAACGUUUCAUGCUUCUGAUCUUCCAGACAUUAGGAUCUUGUCUGUCGCAUUCUCCCCUAUUUUCCUCUUACUGAUCUUAACCUUGGCUUUGAGGUUUAGGUUCGGUUAGUUACCCAUAAUAGCCUAGGCAAUCCUCUCAUUUUUUCCCCAGUCAUCUCCUUGUUGAGUAUUGAGUGAAGUUGUGGUUUGUGCUGCUCCUUUAAUGUAACGUGAUGAAGCACCUGUGUGUGUGUGUCUGUUGUUACCAACUUACCAAUUCUUUCACAGGCCUGU